AUGCUGAGUGCUGCAGGCAAGCGCGCCGGCGAGCGCAGUCUGCGUAGCAAGCGGCGCGCCAGCGCGUGCGUCAGCCUGCAGGAGCUGCACUCGCAGCGGCAGAUGGCCAACAACCGCGAGCGCCACCGCACCCAGCUGCUCAACUCGGCCUUCCAUGAGCUGCGCCAGAUCAUCCCGACGCUGCCCUCCGACAAGCUGUCCAAGAUCCAGACGCUGCGGCUGGCGUCUCGUUACAUAGAGUUUCUGUACUGCGUGCUGCACGGCAGCGGCGACGGCCCGCUGCCGCUGCCUUAUGACAGGCUAAGCUCCGCCUUCUCCGCCUGGAGGAUGGAGGAGGAGCAGGGCAUGGCCGUCUGCAAGAGUGUCUAUCCGGCACCUGGCAGCUGA